ACACUCCUCACUCACUCACUCACUCACUUUCUUCGUCUUUCCCGUCCCUCUUGUGCAUGUGCAAAACGAUGUGAUUCAUUUCUCCUCCUCUCUGACCCUACCAAACUCGCGUCUCCUGGGGUCCGCGAAAUCAGCGCUCGAGGAUCUCCCUCUCCAUCUCUUUCUCUCGCUCGCUCGGCCUCGGCCUUUUUGGUAGAUUUUUACGCCAAUUGCGCGUCGUAGUCUGUAUCUCGCUGCAUCGGCAUAUAUGUCCGCGCGGCCCGCGCUCGCCGCCAGUCGCAGAGCCAGCAGUAGUCCUCCUGUCGUGCGGCGAUUUCAGGCCGAGGGUCCGAUUCUCUCUCUCGGUCGCUCAUCUCUCUCAGUAAUUGCCUCUUCUUCUGCUUGCUCGGUUGCUCGUCUCUUCUCGAGCUCGAUCGAUUGAUCGCCUGAGCAGCAGAGAUGUUGCUGCGCAGCGCCUCCACGGGAGUGCUGACAUCGCUGGUGACAGUGGGCUCGGCCAAUGUCGAGAGCGUGGUGGACGUGCACGCCGAUCACUUCUCGCCCGUCGCGAGGACGAGUGUUCCGUCCACGCCGACGCAUGCGCUCUCGAGCGCGCAGCAGCAGCAUAAUGCGGACGAUGCGCGGUCCGUGGAGGGAGGCGGGGAUUGGGAGUUCGACGGCGGAGCGAAUGUGCCGUGGCCGAGGUUCAGGAAAGUGCAGUCCGAGAGCGAUUUGCAAUCGCUGUGUCGAGCGUCGUCCACCUCGUCCUCGUGCUUCGCGGCGGCCGAGUCUCUGCUGACGGCCGCCCCCGAGGCCGAGGUCGCGCCCGAGGCGCACCACAGCAGCGGCAUCAGGAAGUCGUGGGGUCGACGAUCCAAGCCCGGGCUGAGGCGCGGCUGCUCGCUCACGGUGAUCCCGAGCUCGCGGCAUAUGGAGCUCGACGAAUCCAUCGCCGAGCUCGCCGAAAGCCUCACGCCUCUCUCGACCGCGGCCGACUCCGACGAGUUCGAGGAAUCGCCGCGCUCCGUCAACCCCAGCACCAACUCCUUCCGCCGGCGCAGCAUGGAUCAGUACCCGCAGAAGCUCUACGAGCGCGAGCGCGAGCGCGAGCUCGAUGCGCCCAAGUACUCCCCCAUCCCCAAGAGCCGAUUCGAGUCGACCUGGGAAGACGCUUACGACGAGAAGGAUUACGUCGUGUCCAGCCUCUCGGCCGAGUUCGCUUCCUUCUCGGGCCGGAUCGAGCGCGAGGCGCAAGGCGGCGGCGCUGCUGCUGCGGCCAGCAUGGCCGUGGCCCUCGAGGCUUCCAAGGUCGGCGUCAUGUUCGGUUCCCAGAGGAGCUCGUCGGCCGCCGCGCAGUCGUGCGGCCCAAUGUACGUCACGGACUUAGGAUUCGGCAGCGGCGGCAGCGGUGGCGCUCACAGGAUAUCAGGAGGGGGCAGCGAAGGCGGAGCCGGCGACACGAAUGCCGCCGAAGCCCACUACCGCAAAAUGCUGGAAGCGGACCCGAGCAAUGCCCUUCUGCUCCGGAACUACGCCAAGUUCCUGCACGAGGUGCUGAAAGAUCCUCACAGAGCUGAAGUCUAUUAUGAAAGAGCCAUUUUAGCCAACCCAAGUGACGGAGAGGUGCUUGGAGCCUACGCGAAGCUCAUUUGGGAUGUGUACAAGGACGAGGAUCGAGCGGGAAGAUACUUCGAUCAAGCUUUGGAAGCCAAUCCAGAUUGUUGCUAUCUGAAUGCCGCAUACGCCGCCUUUCUCUGGUCUUCGGAGGAUGGACCUGAAGAAGAAGAAUCUCCCAGUGACACCUCUUACAGUGACACCUACAUCAACCACCCUGCGGUUUAUGGGAACGUGGCUGCUGCCUCGGCUUAGAUUCCAAAUGCGAAUGGCAGUUUCUUACGUGACCUCUCCUCAGGAACUCUGGGUUCAUUUUGGGGUGUGAUGAUUCCUGUCCUGGAGAGACGAACUAUUGGAUCACAGCAGAAAAGCUUGGAUGAAGCUGAUGGACGUGCACCUGGUUUUGAUUCUGUGCUCUCGUAGUCCGUGGAGCUCGUUUCAGGAUAAUGGCCUUAACCUUUGUACAUUGUGCAGUGUAGGGUAGGUGUUUGUUCCACCUCAAUUGGUUUUCAUCACGCAGUUACUUAGAUUUGUAGGCCUUCUUCUUUAUCGAGCAUAUUGUAUAAUUCGGAUUCGUGGAUAUGCGGUUGAAGUUUUGAGAGUUCAAUUUAUCCACGAGUAGCCAUUAGUUCCGACUGUCCUGUAAAAUCCUGUAGUUCUAAUAUUCAUUUGUAGAUUAGGAAUUUAGUUUAAAACUUCUUGUAACUAUUCAUUUGAUCUAUCUGCACUGUAUAGAAUGUACUGGUUUCACUCC